AUGGAUUUCAAUAGUUGGACGUUAACAUCAUUUGGUAAUCAAUCAGUAAAAAAAAGCGAUGUACUAUCAGCAGUUCCUAAUACACCUAAAUUACCAAAAAUUGUUUUACGAAAUUCAAUGGGUUUUGAACUUAAAACAGAAACAUCUUUUCAAAAUGCAAUUUAUCGAGCUAAAACAAAAUUAUUGGAACCAAAUCGACGAUUGACUGAAAUGGAAUGGCGAUUACCACAUGCACCAGUGCCAUCAAGACCGGAUUAUUCACGUUCAUUAGAAUAUGAUGAUUUUCGUUCAAUGAAAAAACCACCAAAAAUGCUUGAUCCUCAUAAACUUGAACAUUUUGAUAUGUCAUUUUGGGAUUAUCUUUUACCUGAUAGACGAUUAGAUCAAGCCACUGUUGAUCGUCGAACAAUGGAGCAAUAUUGUAAGAGUAUGGACACUGUACCACAUCCUGCAUUUAUGGAUAAUGUUGAUUCAUUCAAAAGUGUCAAACAACUUUUUUUAUCAUUUGUAUCAACUACAUCUUCAUUAGAUAAAAUCGUUUCUGGUUUUGGACCUAUGGAUAAUCGCAAAAAAAUGAUUAUGACACAAGUAUUAACAAGUUUAUUACGAGCAAAAUUAGCUAGUGAAGGAAAAUUAUCUGUUGAAAUGCAAGAAAAAGUAUUUACUGAAUUAGCACAAAAUUUAGCUUCAUUACCACCAGAAAUGCGAGCAAAAGUUACCGAACAAUUAAUAAAAUCCAUAGAAAAUGUUCCACCUGAAGCUCGUGAACAAGUUCUUCAACAUAUACUUGGUACACUUGAUACAUUAUCAGAAGAAGAUCGUCAAAAAGUUUUACACGAUCUUGUUAAAAAAAUUUCAUCAAUGCCUGAAGAAAGUCGUAAUGCAUUAAUUGAAAAAAUUAUGGAAAAUAUGGAUAAUUUAACACCAGAUGCUAAAAUACAAUUAUUACAAGAUCUUUUACGUGAUGCUGAUACAAUACCAGCAGCAAUGCGUGAUAAUAUUUUACAAAAUCUUCUUGAUAGUCUUGAUACAUUACCACCAGAAGAACGUGAACGUGUUUUAGCUGAAUUAACAAAAAAUCUUGCUACACUUCCAUCAAAUAUUCGUCAACAAUUACUUGAAAAAUUACUUGAAAAAUCUGAAGAAUUACCACCAGAAUUACGUGAUCAAAUGUAUGCUGAAAUAUUAAAAAAUGUUCCUGGAAUGCCUGAAGAAUUAAAACGUAAAUUAGUUGUUGAAUUAUUAAAAAAUGUUGAUAAUAUGGAUCCAACAUUACGACAAAAUGUUAUGAAAGAAAUUCUUAAUAAUUUAGAUUUAAUUGAUGAUACAAUGCAUGGUCAAGUAUUACAAAAUUUUCUUCAAGCACUUAAUGAUGUACCAGCUAAUGAACGUGAUGAAAUAUUAAAAAAAAUUAUUGAAAAAUCUUCAACAUUAGAUGAUCCAGAAAUGAAACGUCAAUUACUUGAAGAAAUUCUUAAAAAUCCAUCAAAUCUUUCUGCAAGUGCAUUACAAGAAUUAGUUAAAAAUGUUGGUGAAUUACCACCAGAUUUACAAGAACGUCUUUAUGCUGAAAUUUUACAAAAAAAAGAUGAAUUACCACCAUCAGUUCUUGAAGAAAUUAUUCGUAAUAGUGCUAAUGUACCACAAGCUGUUCUUACAGAAUUACUUAGUUCUGUUGAUAAAUUAGCACCAUCAUCAUUAGCUGAAUUAGCUAAACAUAUAAAUGUUUUACCUGAAGAAAUACGAACAAAAUUACUUGCUGAUGUUAUGAAUUCAAUGGAGAAUCUUGAUGAUGAACAAAAAGCAGCUGUUAUUGGUGAACUUUUAAAAAAUCCAGGAAAUCUUAAUGCACAACAAUUAGAAACUUUAAUGAAAAAUUUAGAUGGACUUGAUCCAGCAUUAAAAGAACAAAUCAUGAAAGGUUUAGUAGAUAAUAUGGAUAAUUUACCACCAGCUGUUAAAGAAAAAUUGCUUCAAGAUUUAUUAAAUAAAGACUCUGAUUUGGAUCAAGAAACUCGUGUAAAAAUGUUAGCUAAACUAUUAGAAAAUCCUGAUAAUUUAACACAAGAAGAAAAAGAAAAAGUUUUCAAUCAAUUAAUGCAUGAAAUUGAUAAUGUUAAAGAUCCUGAAAUGAAAAAAAAACUUAUUAAUGAUAUGUUACAGAAUUUAAAAGAUUUACCACCUGAAACAAUGACACAAUUAUUAUCAAAUAUUAAUGAUUUACCACCUGGAGAACAAAAAGAAUUAUUAAAACAAAUUUUAGAAAAAUUUGAUGAAUUACCACCUGAAAUGAAAGAAAAAUUAGUUGAUGAUUUACUUAAAUCUGCCGCUGGUAUGCCAGCUGAAGUACAAAAACAAAUGAUUACUGAUUUAUUAAAUGAAAUGAAAGAUUUACCAGCUGAAGAACGUAUUAAAUUAAUGGAAAAAGUUCUUGAUAAUCCAAAUUUAGAUCCAACUGUACGAGCAAAAUUAAUGGAAGAAAUGUUAAAAAAUGCUAAUGAUUUACCACCAGAAGAAAGACAAAAAUUAUUAGAAAAAAUGUUAGAAAAUAGUGAUCAUCUUGAUCCUAAAACAAAAGCAAAAUUAAUGGAACAAAUGCUUAAAACAUUAGAUGAUUUACCAAAUGAAGAAAAACAAAAAGUAUUAUCAAAAAUGCUUGAAAAUAGUGACAAUUUAAAUCCUGCUAUGCGAAAUAAAUUAAUGGAUGAAAUGAUUAAAAAUAUUAAUCAAAUGCCACCAGAAGAACGUGAAAAAUUUUUAGCUAAUCUUGUUAAUGAUCCUGAUAGAAAAGAUUUAUUAAAAGAAUUACUUAAUAGUGGACAAAUAAGUAAUGAAAUGAAAAAGAAAAUAGUUGAUGAAAUAACAAAAAAACCCAUUGAUCCAUCAACAUUACUUAGUGUACUUAAAAAUUCGAAAGAAUUAUCACCAGAAAUACUCGAAAAAGUUCUUCAAAGUGUUGAAAAUAUGUCUGCAAAAGAAUUAAAUGAAUUAGCAAAAAAUUUAAAUACAUUACCUCCUGAAAUGAAACAACGUGUUAUGAAUGAAAUGAUGAAAAAUAUACGAGAUCUUGAUUCAAAAACACAAGCACAUAUUAUACGUGAAAUGUUAGGAAAUUCAGCUGAUGUGGAUCCAAAAGUUCUAUCAGAUAUAAUAAAAAAUAUAACAAAUUUAACACCAACAGCAAUUAAAGAAUUAUUUAUUAAAGCUGAUAAACUUCCACCAGAAGCAUUAAAAGAAUUAUUAAAACAUAUGGAUGAAAUUCCAAUAAAUGUUCUUGAAGAUUUAGUUAAAAAUGCUGAACAAUUAUCACCAGAUGUUAUUGCAGCAUUACUUGCUUCAAAAAAUCUUCCACCAGCUAUACGAGAAAAAUUAAUGCAACAAAUUAAUUCAAACAAAAAAAUAAAAGAAAAAUUAAGAACAUUAGAUCCAUUAACAAAAGGUGUCGAAGGUGUUGGAAAAGUUGUACCAAAACCAAAACCAGAAGUCAAAAAACCAAAAGUGGAUGUACCACCAGUGUCAAAAAAAAUAUCGAAGAAACUCGAAGAUUUAUAUGGACGUUUGUUUGGUAAAGAAAGUGGUUCUCAUCUUGAUGCUGAUAUGGAAGUAUUAGCAAAUAUUGAUGAAAGUGAAUUAGAAGGUUUAUUACAAGAUCCAGAAUUUCUUAAUUUGGAUCCAAAUUUACCACCGGAAGUUCGUCGUCAACUUAUAGAAGAAAUUAGAAAAAAACGUGCUAAACAACGUAUUGCAGAGGUACCACCAUUAUCAAAAGAUAAAUUACAAGAAAUUGAAGAUCCAUUAGAUUAUCUUUAUAAAUAUUGUAUUAUACAUCCUGAUCGUAUGGCUAAUUAUGAACGUGUCUUUUUAAAUGCAGUUAAAAAACAAAAAGCAAAAUUCGAAGGUCAAAAUCCACCAGAGAGUACAACAAAAUUAAUCAAUUUAAAACGAAAUAAUACAGAUGGAGGUGUAUGGACAAAUGUUGGUGGUGGUGGAAAAUAUGUACAUGAUGCAAAACAAUAUCAUGCACUUGAUUCAAGUGAUGAAGAUGAAGAUAUUGAUAAACCAAACAUUACUAAACAACGUAAUGGUCCAAAUAUGGUUAAUUUUGAAAAAGAAAUACGUGAUGGAGCGUUUGAUCCAGAUGUACCACCGAUGAAAUCUGAAACAGCUCAAAAACUUGAAAAAAUCAAUUUUAUUAUUGAUGAUCUUCGAAAGAAAGAAGCCGAAGUUAAUCAAACAUUUCAAACAACAAAUGAACAAAUUGAUCGAAUGACUGCUGUAGCUAUUAUGGAUCUUUAUCCUGAAAUUCUCGAUCCUGAAUAUGAUCCAAAAAAGAAAAAACAAAAAACAUCCGAAAAAACAAUCGGUGAACUAAAAAGUUAUGGAUCAUUAUAUACUACAGAACAAUUAUUAACUCGAUUAUCAAAAAGUCAACUACAAAUUGUUAAUGGUCAAACAGAAAUUAAACAAUUAAAUGGGCAAGCUAAUUGGAGUAAAAAUAAACUAGCACAAUUACGUAUGAGAAUUGAAAUGUUACUUGGUGAACGAGAAAGUCUUCUUGCUCGUGAUCAAGAAGAACGACAACAAACUAUGUAUAAAUAUAAACGAGUUGAAAAAUUUCGUCGUCAACAAAGUCCAUUAUGGAAUGCAUUACAUCCAAGUAUUGAUUAUGAAAUGAAUGUUGAAGAACUUGAUAAAGCACUACGACAAAUAAAUGGAAAUUUAAUAACUCCCAAAGAAUGUCAAUAUAUUAAAUUUAUUCUUAAAAUUCCUGGUGUAAAACGUAUUAAUUUAAAAGUAUUCAGUAUUAUUGCUGCACUUUCAGAAAAAGUUAAUCAAAUUGAACCAUUUGUUCGUAAAUUAAUUAAUAAAUUUGAUUAUGAAGCACUUGAUAUUAAAAUGCAAAAAGCUAAAGAAUUAUUUUAUCUUAUGGCAGAUAAAAGUCAAAAACUUGCACCAAAAGGUUAUGUACCACUUCGUGCUUUAUGUAUUGAAUUAGCUGCAGGUGGAGUUGAACGCGAUAAUAUUGAAAAUUGCAAGAAAAAAUUUGAUCGUGAAGGUAAAAAUUAUGUUGAUUUUAUGGAUUGGCUUAUUUAUGUUCCAUUAUUUGUUGAAAUUCAUACACGAAUUGUUUCCAAUCCAUUUCUUCGUUAUGAAGAUCCACUUAAACCACCAAAAGAACCAGAAAAAUAA